AUGACGGCUGUGGCCGUCAUGGGACGAUGGCGACAUUGUUAUAGAUUAGACUUUUUAUACGUUUUAACUAAUACAUAUUUUCUGCCUCUAACUAACUUCUAUCUGUAUUCACAGGUUUAUGGUGCGGCAACAUGUACUCAGAGACACAAGUCCUCUUACACUGCCAUACCUCCACCGGCGCGGUAUGGAGGCCGGCACACCGUGACUCUGAUUCCAGGAGACGGCAUCGGACCAGAGCUCUGCAAACACGUGUGUGAACUGUUCCGGUUCUGCUGUGUGCCCGUGGACUUUGAGGUUGUCAAUGUGGACUCAACGAAGGACUCAGAAGAUGACAUCAAUAAUGCCAUCAUGGCUAUCAGACGCAAUGGAGUGGCUCUGAAAGGAAACAUUGAGACCAACCACAACCUGCCGCCAUCCUACAAGUCCAGAAACAACCUGCUGCGGUAA